AGCUGAGCGGGGAGUAUAAAAGGGGCAUCCUUCCCACUCAUCAGAGAAGUACUCUCCUCACUCUCACACACUCCUCCAACAAGCUGAUCCUUAUUUUCUCAAGAUGACUGCAGGGCUGGGCGUGUGUGUUGUGCUGGCAGUCUUGUGUACAAGCUGUUUGGGGCUCCCCUUCUCCUCCCAGCCCUUAGAUGAGGGUCAACGCUCCAUCUCAUCUCCCUCUGAAGCAGCUCUCCCUGAGGCUGACACCCACAUGGGAGAGCCCCACCUCCGACACAGGCGUUCAAGCCCCGAGCUUAAAGAUCUUCCUCUGGCUGAGGAUGCAGACUCCCGUGCAAACCUCAGUGAGCUGCUGGCAAGACUCAUCUCCUCCAGGAAAGGUUCUGUGCGCAGAAACUCAACAGCAAAAAACAGAGGCGGUGGACUGAGUGCCAACCACCGGAUAGCAGACAGGGACUACUUGGGCUGGAUGGAUUUUGGCCGCCGAAGCGCAGAGGAGUACGAGUACUCCUCGUAAAGAGUCACGGCUCCUGGCCCAUCCUUGCAGGAAGAUGAGAAAAAGCAGAAAAAAAAACCCCACGCAAGCUGGCUCGUCACUGUCUCAUAAUAUGAGUCUAUUUAUGAUGUAUUUGUUGUACAUUUGUUUGUAAAACUGUAAUAAUGCAAUAUUCAUACUAUAUGCCAAAUUUUGCAGAAAAGCUCUCACUGUUUGUUUCUGGUUUCUUUCCCUGGUUUCUUUAUCAUUUGAGGUGGAGAGGAUUUGGGUCUGUUGAGACUAAAUAGACUAAAUAAAGAGAAAAAAAUACCCUU